UAAAUAUUACGUUAAUAAUCGUUAGUACUUAGAAUAAUUAGCUUUUAUAUAGUUGCCAAUCUGGCAACUCUGAAAUGUUAAAUAUCGGUGCUGAUCGCAGCCAACUUCGCGUUGUCUAAUGUUAAAACCGACGCCAUGUAAUUUAAAAGCAAUUGCGCAUAAGAACUAAGAGAGAACGGUCAAGUAUAAAUAAAGUGUAAUUAAUAUUAAACCCCGUUUGUGCUACUAUAAACUUCAGAAGUGGUCCUGACCCAUAAAAUGGAUCUAAUUGAUGCACAGCAAUUUACGGUCGUCCAGCUAAAGAGGUGGUUGGCGGCGCUGAACUUGCCAACCAGCGGCAACAAAGCAGAACUUGCAGCACGGCUGAAUAGCGUGGACUCCGGAAUUCGUGGAACUCGUCCACAAACCCCAUUGUUGGAAAAUGAUGAUCUACUCCAGGAGUUGGCGCUGGAUGACGACUUGGGGGAGAAUUCCUCUGUGGAGGAUGCCGAUCUUAGGUCGGAGCUGAUUUCUGCAGCAGCUACAAGGCCAAAAGGAGACGAGUGGUUUGAUGUAGCCGACGGAGUAUUGUCGCUACAACAAAUACGAGCUGAAAUUGAGGCUGGCAAAAAAGAGCUCCAGAACAUUCUGGCGCAAAUAAGAGACGCGUCACAAGCAGUUGCCAGUGACGUCAUCAACAACGCAAAAAACUGCAACCAAGCAGUGGUAGCCGGAGAAGUCAUGCAAGCAGUAGUCGGCGAAAACGUCAACGAAGUAGUUGGCGAAAAAAUACCAAAUACCGAUAAAAGUGCCGAUAUUGAUAUUGGCACUGAUAUCGAUGUCAACAAGGGUGUUGAGCAGCGACAAAUGGCAGAGGUAAACAAAGGACUUCAGUCGACAAACUUUUCACUUUCUUUGGCCAAAGAAAUCAUCAUGGACUAUGAUGGUUCAUCGUGCGCAAACAUUUGGACUCAGCAAGUACGAAACAUUGCUGAUCUGUACAACCUGGAUGCAGUGGGCGUGAAAAUAGUGAUUGUGUCCAAACUGAAGGGAAUCGCCCAGCGUUGGUUGCACGCAAAUGCAACGCGCAUCAUGGAGCCAGCAGAGAAUCUGUUGGAACAGCUGAUCUUAGCAUUCAGUGAUAAACUUUCCAAAGCAGAAGCCCGGCGCAAAUUUGAAAAUUUGAAGUGGCACCAUACCGAAAAAUUCGCGGUAUACUUUGAAGCUAAGACAAUGCUGGCAAGCAGCAUCAACAUCGAGCCUGACGAGUUGGUUGACCAGAUAGUCGAGGGAAUACCAGCACAGAAUUUGCGUGAUCAAGCCCGGAUCCAGUGUUUCACAGAUCCUAUGCAAAUUCUGCGUGCGUUUGCUGGUAUCCGUUUGAGCAAGCCCAAGGAGUUUGUUUCAAAGGUGAUGACUACAAAUCGAAGCAACAACGGAGGACUCCGCUGCGCUAACUGCAACGCCAGAGGACACAUCGCCAAGGAUUGUCGAAAGCCAGCAAGGGAGCCAGGAUCUUGCUACGCUUGUGGCAAAUUCGGUCACUUUGUAGCCCAAUGCGAAGAGAAGAAGGGAAAUGCUGAAAACAAUUAUCAUGCAUCCUAG